CGUAGAAGGUAACGAAGGGGAAAAUAUAAGGCACAGUGAGGUCAACGCAUUUCGAGUACUGUGUUGUUAUUUCGAUUACAUUGAUUGUGGGAAUACAAAGGAAGGGCUCCAGCCGGGUAACAUUAACUGCUGGUUUGUGUUAGACAGACUGCAAUGGGGAAAUUGAUUUCCGAGUGGAGGGCGUGGGCAAACCGCGCGCUUAGCGAGUACGAGCCUCUGGCGUUGCUUCUCUUUCCCCUCGCAGCCUUUUUGCUUGCGUCACUAUUUCCCUUGAUCUUCCGCCUGCUGGACCACCCUGGCUCUAUCAAAGGAGCUCUUUUUUCCAUCGUCAUGGCCAUUCUGAGGCUGAUCCCUGGUGUUACAGGUUACAUUGAACGGGAAAAAGGAAAGGUUGUGGACAAGUUGCAAGCUAGUGUGAAAUCUGGACGAGAAAACUGGCAGACUGAGCUUCCAAGGGCUGGACUUGGCAUUGGAGUACUAGAAAGGCUAAAAUUUGAGAAAUCGAAAGAUGUGCAAUGGAAGGGAAGGUGCUCUGGUACAGUGUAUAUUGGUGGGAGUGAAUCUGAUGGACACUUUUCCUUGAUAAAUGAAGCAUAUUCCAUGUUUGCUCAUACAAACCCACUGCAUUUGGAGAUUUUCCCAAGUAUAGCACGUUUUGAGGGGGAGGUAGUAGCAAUGACUGCAAGCAUUCUUGGCAGUAGAGAAAAAACAUCUGGAGGGCAAAUUUGUGGUAAUAUGACUUCAGGGGGCACAGAAAGUAUAUUGCUUGCAGUAAAAUCUUCACGAGAUUAUAUGAAAGCAAAGAAGGGAAUUGUGAAACCAGAAAUGAUAAUUCCAGAGUCAGCUCAUUCCGCAUAUGAUAAAGCUGCUCAAUACCUAAACAUUAAGCUGUGGCGUGUACCUGUAAAUGGAGAUUUUCAAGCAGAUGUAAAAGCAAUCCAGCGCUAUGUGAACAAGAAUACAAUUAUGAUUGUUGGCUCUGCACCAGGAUUUCCUCAUGGUAUUGUUGAUCCUAUUGAAGAGCUUGGUGAUCUUGCAUUGCAAUUCAAUAUUUGCUUGCAUGUUGAUCUUUGUCUGGGAGGUUUUGUUCUUCCUUUUGCUCGCAAACUAGGGUAUCCCAUUCCACCUUUUGAUUUCACUGUUCAAGGAGUCACUUCCAUAUCAGUGGAUGUUCAUAAGUAUGGCCUAGGGCCAAAGGGUACAAGUGUAGUCCUGUAUCGGAAUCAUGAGAUCAGAAAGCACCAAUUUGUGGCUGUAACAGAGUGGUCAGGAGGCCUUUAUGUUUCCCCAUCUGUUGCUGGAAGUAGGCCUGGUGGCCUGGUUGCUGGUGCCUGGGCAGCUAUGAUGUCUGUUGGGGAGGAAGGAUAUUUGGAGGCUACGAAGAAAAUUAUGGAAGUAUCAAAAACUAUUCAACAAGGAAUAAAACAAAUUCCAGGAUUAUUUGUUUUGGGGAGACCAGACAUGACUGUUAUUGCAUUUGGAUCGGAUGAGGUUGAUAUUUUUAAAGUGAAUGAUGUUAUGUCUUCGCGUGGGUGGCACUUGAAUGCCCUGCAAAGACCAAACAGCAUACACAUAUGUCUUACUCUUCAACAUACUGUAAUAGCGGAAGAUUUCUUGAAAGAUCUUAAAGAGUGUGUUAUAGCUGUGCAAGAAAAUCCAAAUGCAUUUGAAGAUGGCUUGGCUCCAAUAUAUGGAGCUGCUGCAAAGAUGCCAGACAGAGGGACAGUACAGGAUUUGCUGAUUGCCUAUAUGGACAGCACCUGCUAGUUACUCUCUCAAAAGGUUUCAGGAGUUUCGAUUUUUUUGGUGUUAUUAGCUGCCAAGAUGUACGUUUCUGAUUCUUCAAGAUACAUAGAUGAAUUCAGAGGUUUUUUUCAUAUUAUUGGUUUAGCAAUCAAACUUAUCUUACAUGGGAUGGAAAAUUACGGUUUCCUUUAUCUUGAAAAGGGAACUUAUGCUUUGGUCUUGUCUCUAAAUUAAAUAUUGAUCUUGAUCUUCCUGAUUUCUCAUUGUUACUUAUGGUAAACCAAUUUCAGUGCUGGUACAGAAGAUGGUGGCUCUUUAGGAGACACACAGAUGACAAUAUUUAAGAUAUUUUUUGUUUCUAUUAUUCAUUUAAGGUGGCCAAUUGAAUUGUCUUAUAUUUGAUACUGUAUCUUGACAAUUUAAUGGAAAUCUUAGUUUGUUGUGGAUGAUAA